AUGAUCAGAGAAGUACAAAAGGCAAGCGCUGAAUUCAGCAAGAAGUUCACAUCGAGUAUUCAGCACUUUGACACAAUAACCGUCUUCCAUACUCCGGACACGACCAGUAUACAACGCAUGGUUCUACAAUCACCUCCCUUCAAUGUAGCUCACAUCAAAUGUCCCUACACAGUGAUCAUAUACGAUGACAAGAAGAAAAUGCCGGUUUAUUUUGGGAGAAUAGUACGCCCAAAAGCUGCCGACACGAAGACACAGACCGUCGUGAUGCAAAACCGAUCACAGCCAACAGACCAAAUCGAUGGUGUCAUUUAA